UAUGUUUUACAGCAGAUGCUAAAGGAGACCAGAACUUUUGCACAAAAAGUGUUUGAAUCAUACAUGUACAUGUAUUAUUUUAUUACUUUGUCUUUGCUGCCAUCAGGCUUUACCAUGCUCCGAGCCUUUAGUCACACAAAUGGUAGGUGUGUAUUCCACCAUACUAAGUGUUGGCAUCAUCGUAAGUCUGUGCUGGCAAUCAGGAGGGAAGAUAUUAAUGCAUGGGAAAGAAGAGCACCUCUAGCACCAAAACAUGUUAAGGAGUUGACAAAGAUGGGAUAUAAGGUCUUGGUGCAGCCAUCAAACCGGAGAGCCAUCCAUGAAAAGGAGUACAUCAAAGCAGGUGCCAUUAUUCAAGAAGAUAUUUCUGAGGCUUCUCUGAUAAUAGGUGUGAAGAGACCUCCAGAGGAAAAAUUAAUCCCUAAAAAGAACUAUGCCUUCUUCUCUCACACUAUUAAAGCCCAAGAGGCAAACAUGCCCCUUUUGGAUGAGAUUUUAAGACAGGAAAUUCGACUGUUUGACUAUGAAAAAAUGGUUGAUCAUAAAGGAAUGCGAGUUGUGGCCUUUGGAAAGUGGGCCGGUGUAGCAGGAAUGAUCAACAUUCUACAUGGAUUGGGUUUACGAUUUUUAGCCCUGGGACAUCACACUCCCUUCAUGCACAUUGGGAUGGCACACAACUACAGGAAUAGCAGUCAGGCUGUGCAGGCAGUACGGGAUGCUGGAUAUGAAAUAUCACUGGGAUUGAUGCCAAAGUCAGUGGGGCCCUUAACAUUUGUGUUUACAGGCACUGGUAAUGUUUCUAAGGGUGCUCAAGAAAUGUUCAACGCCCUCCCAUGUGAGUUUGUGGAACCACAUGAGUUAAAGGAAGUUUCCAGAUCUGGAGACAUCAGAAAGGUCUAUGGGACAGUGUUAAGUCGUCACCAUCAUCUUGUAAGGAAACACGAUGGAAUAUAUGAUCCAGUAGACUAUGAUAAACAUCCAGAAAAUUACACUUCUCGCUUUCACAUUGAUGUUGCACCCUACACAACUUGUUUAAUUAAUGGCAUAUACUGGGAGCAACAUACUCCUCGUUUGCUAAGUCGACAGGAUGCUCAGAAGCUGCUGGUGCCAGUUAGAUCUGCUGAUGGUUCAACGGAGGGCUGUCCUGAGUUACCACACAAACUCCUGGCAAUAUGUGACAUUUCAGCAGACACUGGAGGAUCUAUAGAAUUUAUGACAGAGUGUACAACAAUUGAGAAUCCAUUUUGUAUGUAUGAUGCUGACCAGCAUAUCACUCAUGACAGUGUUGAAGGCUCGGGGAUUCUAAUGUGUUCCAUUGACAAUCUGCCAGCUCAGCUUCCUAUAGAAGCAACAGAGUACUUUGGCGAUAUGCUUUUCCCAUAUAUUGAAGAGAUGCUGUCAUCAGAAGGCUCAGAACCUCUUGAAAAACAGAAUUACUCACCUGUUGUUCGAGAUGCAGUGAUUGCAUCCAAUGGCUCACUGACACCCAAGUAUCAAUAUAUCCAGAAACUGAGAGAGAGCAGGGAACAGGCUCAGUCGCUAAAGAUGGGUGAUAAGAAGAGGGUUUUAUUGCUCGGAUCUGGCUAUGUUUCUGGCCCUGUACUUGAAUAUCUCACUAGAGAUUCCAACAUUGGCAUCACAGUUGUUUCUGUCAUGAAGGAGCAACUUGAGCAACUGACAAAAAAAUACAGCAAUGUUACUUCAGUUCAUAUGGAUGUCCUUAAGCGUGAGGAAAAGCUGUCCUCUCUGGUGAAGAAACAUGACCUCGUGAUCAGUUUGCUGCCUUAUUCAGCACAUCCUUUUGUUGCUAAGAAAUGUAUUGAGAACAAAGUGAACUUGGUAACAGCCAGCUACUUAACACCAGCUAUGAAAGAACUCCAGGAGAGUGUAGAAGCUGCUGGUAUUACAGUUGUCAGUGAAAUGGGUUUGGAUCCUGGUCUUGACCAUAUGUUGGCAAUGGAAUGCAUUGACAAGGCAAAAGAAGUUGGUGCUACGGUUAUAUCCUACACUUCUUUCUGCGGUGGCCUGCCAGCUCCGGAGCACUCUGACAAUCCUCUGAGAUACAAGUUCAGCUGGAGUCCACAAGGAGUGUUGCUGAAUACAGUUCAGUCUGCCACAUAUUUAAAAGAUGGAGAGAUUAUCAAUAUUCCAGCUGGAGGAGCAUUACUGGAUUCUGUCACUCCAAUGGAUUUUUUCCCAGGAUUAAAUCUUGAAGGUUUUCCUAACAGAGAUAGUACAAAAUAUGCUGAGCCAUAUGGUAUUCAGACAGCUCACACUUUAUUGAGAGGCACCUUAAGAUACAAAGGAUACUCCAAAACUAUGGGAGGCUUUGUAAAACUAGGAUUAAUUAACCCAGAUCCUUACCCUUUGCUAAGCUCAACCACGCCACCUCUAACCUGGAAAGAGCUCAUGUGCAAACUGGUUGGAAUUAAGUCUCCUGUUGAGCACCAUGUUCUUAAAGAAGCUGUAUUUAGCAAACUGGAAAAGGAUAAAAGUCAGCUGGAGGCAGUAGAAUGGCUAGGUUUAUUGGGAGAUGAACAAGUUCCAGCAGCAGAUUCCAUUGUGGGGGCUCUUGCAAAGCACAUGGAGAUGAAGUUGCCCUUUGGUACUGGAGAGAGAGAUAUGAUUAUUAUGAGAAAUGAAAUAGGUCUCAGGCAUCCUUCUGGUCAUUUGGAAGACAAAUUUGUUGAUCUGGUUGUCUAUGGAGAUAACAAAGGACAUUCUGCAAUGGCUAAAACAGUAGGAUACCCCACAGCUAUUGCUGCGAAGAUGGUUCUAGAUGGUGAAAUAGUUGCCAAAGGCAUGGUUAUACCCUUGACGAAGAAUGUUUAUGGACCAAUACUUGAACGUGUUCGGGCAGAAGGCAUUGUGUACAGUACUCACAGUGUUAUCAAACAGUAAUUGGAAGCAGUGGAUGUAACCAGGUCUUGGCUUUGUUUGGUUCCAACCUCUGCCGCCCCUUUAAGAAUCUUGAUUUGAACCAGCUAAAGGCAGCACCUGCCAUUUCAUACACAGAUGUUGCCUUCCAUAAAACCUGCUUUGAUGUAGAAACUGUAGAUACUCAUGAAUUUUGGUAUUUUCCUCUGAAAAUUGAUAAGCUUUCAUGUACGCGUUUCAGCAUUGAUCAGGUCUUUCCUUAGAUCUUUUUCUAAAAUAUCUUGGAAGGGUUAGGUUUGUUUUUUCUUUUUUUUUUUGUUAUAGUUUAUCUUCCAACUGUAUAGGGUUAUUAAGACAAAUUUAAGCUGAAAGAAGUAUCUAUUAGUGGAUUCUCUUUUGGUGGAAAAGUCUAGUUAAUGAAUUCCGUUGAUGAAGUUUGCUUGUUCAUGUGGUAAAAAUUUUUCAGAAUAAUGGAGAUGAAAGUGAUAUUUAAAAUUUUAAGUCUGAUUGUUCCUUCCCCUUUAACAGUAUUUUUGAAUAUUUUCACAAUAACAAUAUGCAAGAAAUAGUUUAGAAAUUCUGCACUACUAGCAAAUAAGAUCCUGUUAAAUCUUAAAAAUGUUCAGUUCUUAAAUAUUUCAAACCUAGAUCUUAAUAUUUUUUUUAAUCCAUUUAUAAUGAGUGUAAAUUUAAAUUAAUUGGAGGAGGGAGGAAGUUUAAAGCAAGCUUCCUCCCCAUACCCUUUCCUGUUACAGAGUGGAAGCUGGUUGCAAUAUGUUGAAAUACCUGCUGUUUCAUGUUGCCUUGUGCUGUGGAGAGAGCACAUUAACAGUUAGGCAGCUAGGAAGGGCAUUCUACAGUUAAUACAGAAAUACAACAGUUAAUGUGGUUAGAAGCUGCUCCAAAUGAUGUUUAGUCCUUCCACUUACACUGUGUGCCUUGUCCAGGUUAAGUACUGUUACAAAGGGAAUAGAUUGUGUGGUAUAUGCAGCUUUGAAAUGCAGUAGGCUUAGAAUUUUAAAUUGCCACUUUUUAAGUUAGCUUAUGCCCUUCUGCUAUCAGGCUUUUCAAGUAUUCAUUUGGGAGCCUAUGCAUACUACUCAGUACAGGGCCACUUUAGACUGAUGGGAGUUUGCUGGUGGGCGAACUCACUUGCUGCUGAGUGCUGUGCUGCACAGAUGUGUCAGCCCCCCUCUAACUGCAGUUUAGCCACAUCAGUCCAGAACUGAACUUUAGCCCAAGUGCAGCUUCUCUGUAACAAAGCAGCAGUUGCCUCCUUCCAGUUCAGGGCUGCUUCUCUGGCUUUUGCUUAGGAAUUUCUACACCACCUUGCAAUGCAAGCAUGGCCUAAACUUCACAGUUAGGUCUGUGAGGUGUAAUGCUGUGGGCAGAUAGUAUUUGCACUGGUACCUGUGCAACUGGCUAGAACUUCCCUUUUCUAAAGCUGAAUACUGAUGCUGGAAGCUAUCUGCUUUCAACUUUGCUCACAAGUGCACUUUGCUGAUAAACGCACAGCCUUUUACCUCCUGAGAACCAUAGUGCUGCAAUUACAGUUCUGAGGUGAUGGAAUUCCAGGUGUUGUUUUGCACAGUAGGAAAAUUAGCCAUAGCAAUAAUUCAAGUUUUGAUCUCCAAAUUUUGCUACUCAGGAUUUGGAUUUCCUUUGUGUAAAUGCAAUGAAGUAGCAGCUGCAAUAGUUAGGUAAAAGGAGCCAAAGGGAGAAGGAAGAAUGAAUGGCAGAGUAUUAUUCUCAAAGAGAAUACUGAACCAUUGAAUGCUUUUGUCAUGUCAAAUUUGGAUUCUGUUAAAGUGCCAUGCAUAUAUCAGAUGAAAUUCUGUUACAGUGCCAUGCAUAUACUGGACGAAAUCCUGGCUCCACAAAGUUACUUCACUUCUCACUGACCUUACAGGCUGUUGGUCUGUUGUAUGGAUAGUGUAGGCAGCUGGGCUAAGGAUGAAUGCAGUGAAUGUUCUGCUCUCUGUUGCCUCCUCCUUCUCCAUGUAGAUUAAAGACCUACAGCUAAGGAUUAAAGUUAUACUUGCAUCUGCUGGUCCCUUCCAGCCCAGUGCUUGGUGAGACCAGGAUUUUACUUUAGAAUUCUCUGAUCCCCCCCCCCCCUUAGCUCCCAAAUACACAACCAUGGAGUUGUGACUCUGUAUAUGUGCAUACACUGUACUUGCUUUUCUGCCUUGGAAAUGCAGUAUGCGAAGAAAAUUGGAAUUUUAGAAGUAUCUGAUAUUUUUAGAGCACUAAAGAAUGAGCACUACAGUGUUUCCUUCAAGAAACACUGCUACUAUUUUUGAAACAUUUUGUAUCGAAGUAUAUUUCUGUUUCCCAGUGCAAUGCUGCAUUUUGUUUUCUACAUUUAGACUUAAAUGAAUUUAUUAUUCUUUUUGUAUGAAGAUUAUACUUCUCAGUUCUCUUUGCAUAUUAUUGGAAAGAUAAUUGUAUCUAAUACACAAGAUUGCUUGAAAAAUAAAUUUGAAAUCCUCUG